GAGAGAGAGAGAGAGAGAGAGAGCGGGGACGUCAGGUCGUUGAAAACAUUGAAAAUCUAGAAGGAACCGCCCAGACAAGUACGAGCAGAGAGUUACCACUAAACCAUUUCAGACAAUUCUUCGAUCCCGCUCUCAGUCAACAGUAGGAAGUUGAUUGUGAGGGCUCUGGAAGGUGCAACAUUAGCUUGUUUGUUUCAUAAAAUGCCAACACAAAAUGAAAAAAAAAAAGGCGCACCACAACACACAGUGCUCGAACAAGGUAUACACAUUUCGCCUCAUCGUCAAACUUCCACUCUUUACUACCGUGUUUACCAAGAACUUUGCGAGUGACGGUCAGUGUUGUUACAGGACCUGUGGCGGUAAGGUCGUUUUGCUGGCGUAACCGUGGUGGUGAUGGUGUUAUUCAAUGUGAUCCUUUUCCCCCCAUGAUAUGAGUAGCUUAGGGAAGUGUUUGGGUUGAGAGCUAUACGAAAAUGCUAAAUGAUCGUCGGGAAACUGUCCGUUGAAAAUGUGAUAUGAACUAACGUCGCCGCCGCCAUCCUGUGGCAAAUGGCAUGGCUUGACUUAAGAGAGAUUUGUGGUGGACUAGUAUACAGUGAGUGAGGAAUAAAUUUAUGAUAACGAACGGCAGAAAACUUUCAGUUCUAGUGAUUUUGUGUUUUCUGAUAACGGAAAGGGUCGCAGAAUAAGGAAUUCUGUAGCCCACAGCCAUGACGGAAAUGAACUGGCAGGAACAAAGCCCGUUUUUGUUGAUAGCAAUGACAGUGUGCCUGACCGUUGUACCAUCAUUCGUAGACGGAUUGAAAGAGUUUACAUUAGCUGAGAAGCCCGAAUUUGGUUCCCUCAUACCAGACAUCGAGGAAGGAGAAUACUUAGCCCUCUUCUAUUUCGAAGAGGUCGAGAAUCCAUACGAACUAACGCUCAUCUUCAACGAGUAUUACAUGUCUCAUGUGAAUGUGAGCAUCUGUACCGAAGACCUACUGGACAUCAUGGAACACCCUGGGGGAUACUCGGAGCAGGACGUCUUGUCUAGAUGCAACUACUACGACAUCAGCUGCCACAUUGUAGUUUCCUUCGGCGUCUCCUCUCUGGACAUGUCUAGAUAUCUCAACAUCACCAUACCGCCCAGGAGACAGUAUUUACACCCACUGCCAGACCUACUGGACGAUCGUCCUCUCUUCAACAUCACUUACUACUACGGACCACAGGGCCCAGUUGAAGACAUAUUCGGAAUUCAAGAAAAUUACCUCCUGUAUUGUAAUCUUAACGGUGUACCUACUGUGUAUGAAGAUGAACAAGGGAAAUUUAGCCUCGGAUGCGAAUGUCGAGGCAACACGUCAGGAGAUCGUUGUCAGUGGGGGGGAGCCUGUUCCAGGGAGUCAGAGGCAGAGCUUUGUUCAAAUCAUGGAUAUUGCAGGUACCAAGCAGGCCAAGUUGUGUGUAUCUGCGACCCCGAUUACGUUGGGUCGUUAUGUCAAAACAGGAAGGAAGCUUUAGUUUCAAAGGGAAAGGACUGUGGUCGUCGACUGAAUUGCCAGCAUAACUGCCAUAUGUGGAACGGCUCUCCAUUUUGUACCUGUGAUCUCGGAUUCACGAAGAAUGGAACUCGUUGCGAUGCCUCAAAACUUCUUUGGGAUGUUACGCUAAAGUUUGAGGGCCAAUAUAACUCUUCUUCUAUCAAGACCCAGAUUCACAAUGUACUGACAAAACAUGGAUUGCCAGAAAGUCGUGUUGUCAUAUCACCCAACUUCAACUGUUCUAGGGAAGAAGCAAAAGCACACUUCACUGUGGAGGACCAACAGCUGUCAAAAUUGCCCCCAAAGGAUGAAUGGGAUGCUAUUUUCAAUACCUCAGUCACUUUGGAUAAACAAAUGCGCUUCCAAGAUGUCAAGCUCACGGCUGAUGCCACAGACUCCAGUCUUACUCUGCAGUGCUCUGUGAUCGGUACCCCUCCCUUACAGUUCAGGUGGUACAAAGAUUCACAUCUCAUACUUGUCAAAGAUGUUACAGAUGAGUCGAGUUGUUGCGACAGAUUUGUAGAUUAUGAGGCAGUCCUAGUGCGGGUACAAAGAGGCACAUACGGCAGGAUUUUUACCAUGGUUGUCGACUUGAAGAACUAUGACCCUGUCAUCGACUGGGGCACGUACACGUGCGAGGUCACAUCUGAGAAUGAGACCAACAGAAGUAGUUCUGUUGUCAGUGGUAUGACAAGGCCAUUUGAAAUGGAAGUUUCACCUAAGGUCGUCGUUGUGGAAAAGAAUGAUGACUUAAAGGUGUUGUGCUCCACUAAAAAUAUGUGGUAUGGAGGCAAUCAUUACUCUGUGGCAUGGAAAGUUUUUCCUGAAGAUACUGUUGGGAAUUUCACACCUCGAUUGCUACACUGGAGAGGGUCUGAACUUACCCUCUCCAAUAUCACAGAAUCGGUGCAUUUAAACUGUUACAUGAAAGACUACAGUUGCUUGGGAGAAGGUGCAAUGUCAUCUCAGGUCUUGGUAUUGGGUCCCAAAGAUCUUUAUUGUCCAGCUACUGAACUAGAUGGCAUAAAAAUGCCAGCCAUGAUUGAAGGUGAGAGUGCCAUUGUCAACUGUCCUGAUGGGUUUGUUGGAAAGUGCCAGGGAAGAUGUCAUAAAUUUAAUGAAAAGGUAGCAAAGUGGGGAGAUUUGGAUUGCUCUCUUUGCAUAUAUGCCCCAUGGAAUGAAAUAGCCACCAGUGAUGAAGUAAUUUUACAAGGUCGAGGAUAUCCUUAUGCAGUUCAGGAUGCCAGGGCAUUAGCAGAACAAUUUUAUGACCGUUUACAAAACAGAACUCUACCUGUGUUGCGUGAUGAACUUCAAGGUGUAUUGAAUUUCCUUGGAAAGUUCAUAACCUCAAAUCAAAACCCAGUAAGACUAGAACGUUUUGUGAGUAUCGUCGACAAUAUCCUCGAAGAAUUUCCUCCAUCCAUAGAGAGCACAAUGGCAUUACGGAACAUCAUCAGGAAGUAUCUAGAUAAUAACAUAAGACUUCAUAAACAUAGGAAACGUGAAAGAGGCCUCUAUUUUAAAGUUUACCUGGGGGUUAAUCUCACAAGAGGAUCUCCAUUUAGCUUUAUCAUGAGGUCACCCUGUAGAGAUGUGUCAGUUAAUAUAUCAAGAUCAAAAGGAGAUAAUACAAAUAGUGUGGAGUACUUGAAUGUUGGGAUAGUGACCUACUUAGGUCCACACUUGCUCUUCAACACCACGUGGCAUAAAAAGACUUUGGAUGGUGCUGAACUUCCUGUAGAACUCCUUGACAAUUGUAUUGUGGAUGUAAUGACCUUCCCGGAUGAAGAAGUUACAAUACAUUUUACAUACAAAAAUUAUCAGCAAGCAGAAGUGGCAGCAAAACUGAAGUAUGACACCAACAUUUACAGUUGGUCAAAAGUGUGUGGUGAGAUCAAGCUCAUAGGCAGUAACAUAGAAUGGAAUUUCAGUCAGUGUAGAGAUCCAGAGGAAAAUAGUGCAGCUGGUGAGCUUAGAUGUCAGUGCAGAGGAAUGGGAUUAUUUGGUGUGUUUAUGAAAGCCGCUUUAAUUGAUGAAAUGAUGAUUAAUCAAGAGGAUGUCACGACAAGCAUAGUGGCAGCGGCCUAUUCCAUUGCGUUGUUGAUACUUCUGUUGUUUGCAAUCUGUCUGAUGAUGUUCUGUUGGCCAAGAUUGUCAUCUACAAAUAGAAAUUUUGGAUGGGACAGUUUUUCUGAAGAGACAGAGAAUACCAGAGGACAUCUGGACAUCCAUGAGCGUCGUUUUCAGCACCUGUCGCCUAACAGACUAGUGGAUAGAAGAGAUGUAAUCUGUUCUUCCUCUCAUUGUAUUACCUCUGGAACUCUGUACUAUGAAAAUAACAAUGACAGUGCAAACCAAGAUGUUGUUAUAGUUGCAGAUGAAACAGACAGUGCUUAUAUGAAUAUGGAUUCUGCAGAAUGUGACAAAGGAGUCUUCAAUAUAACAGGACUCAAGGAAGUUCACACUUACGUAAACAUGACGAGUAACAACUGCACUUCCAUCACAGCCAAACAGGAGUAUGUAAGUACAAAUGAAGGACAAAGUGAACCCCAGCAUUUGUAUUUACCCAUGCAAGUUAGAAAGAGUGAAAUUGAACAAGAACAGAAUUAAUGAACUUGAGUCAUCAGAAUAUAUAUGAGCCGUGUGCCUAUGAUAAAAAUGCAUUCUUUUGAAAUUAACAAGUGUGAAGACAUUUUACCAAUGUCAGUGCUAAUUUGGAAGUGGUAUUAAAUAUACACAAAUGGUAUUGAGCUACAGCUCUUAGCAGUGCAAAGAUACUACUUUAAGUCAAUAGGAUUACGACUGUGAUAUUGUACACUGUAUGUCUUGAUAGACAUUUUUGUUUAGAUAGAGUAAACAAGAUGCAAGGCAUUUCCAGCAGUAGUAAGUCAUUUUAAAAAAAACUAUUGUGAAUGGAUUGAACGUCGUACAAAAUAGUGUGUAUAUGGUAUUUCACUAUAGACAUGCAAACUUUUCAUCAAGCAGAUAAGUUUAUUAGCUACAGUAAAAGAAAAACUUAUCACAUAGUUUGGCUGGUAAUGAUAUCUUUAAUAUUCAUUUAUUUAAAGUGCAUAUGGGAAAUGCCUAAUCAGUUUUUUUUUUGCUUUCUAUACCUGUUUAAACCAGUACAGAAGGUUUACAAAAAUAUUGCAUUUUAUAUUUUUCAAUUUAGGGAAAGCAAUAACUUGUAUCACUUAUACUUAUAAUGCUAAUUAUUAGUUUUGAUAAGCAUGUCUGUCUGGUAUGAAAAUACUUUUGGUAUAAUACAUGGUUAUAGUUAAAAGGAAUUAGAGAAAAUUUUAAAACCAUGUGAAUUAGAGUACAAUAUUCCAGUAAACACUUGCUGAUUUGUAUAUUACUCAGGACACUUAAAUGUUUCAUUUUCACAACUCAUGUUGUCUUUCAUAGUGGAGGCAAAUGAAAUACUAAAGUACAAAAUAACAUAACAAUCACUGUAUGUACAUGAUAGAUUUAUGAAUCAGGAAAUAUGAAAAAAUGCCUAUACAUAAUGUGCAAACAUUAGGCUACUCAGCUUGUAUAUACAGUGAGUAUAUGUACAUGACAACUCAAGAAAUACAUGACUGAAAUGCCUAUAAUGUGCAAACAUUAUGCGACUUGUAUAUAUAGCACUCAUAUUAGUAAUAGUUUUUAUGUAUUACAGUAGUUUGUCAUUACCUGUUGAAAAUGUAUUGUUCAUGAAAAAUUAUAUCAUAAUA